AAAGGAAGCUUUUUGUCCUUUGCCGUUCCAUGCUCGAAGCAAGGACCUGAUUUCUCUCGUUUCCUCUUUCUCUCUCUCUCUCUCUCUUUCUUUCUUUCUUCUCUUCAUUCGAAUCUCGAUCUGGACGAGGAAGAAGAAGAAACCCAGAUCAGAAAAGAAAAACAAACAGACGAAAACAAUGUCUUCGUCGUCGAAGAAACAAACCCUUUUCAUAUCGACACUAAUCAUCUCAUGGUACUCUUCCAACAUCGGUGUUCUUCUCCUCAACAAGUUCCUCCUCUCCAACUAUGGCUUCAAAUUCCCCAUUUUUCUCACAAUGUGUCACAUGUCCGCUUGCGCUAUCCUUAGCUACAUCUCCAUCGUCUUCCUCAAGCUUGUUCCUCUCCAACACCUCAAAUCUCGAUCCCAAUUCCUUAAGGUUGCCACUCUCAGCAUCGUCUUUUGUGCUUCCGUCGUCGGCGGUAACAUUUCGCUCCGUUACCUUCCCGUCUCUUUCAAUCAGGCCGUCGGUGCCACGACUCCCUUUUUCACUGCUCUCUUCGCUUAUCUUAUGACCUUUAAGAGAGAAGCUUGGGUUACUUAUGGUGCUCUUGUCCCCGUCGUUGCCGGAGUCGUCAUCGCCAGUGGGGGUGAGCCAGGAUUUCACUGGUUUGGGUUCAUUAUGUGCAUUAGUGCUACGGCGGCAAGAGCCUUUAAAUCCGUUCUUCAAGGCAUUUUGCUUUCUUCAGAGGGGGAGAAAUUGAAUUCGAUGAAUUUGAUGUUGUAUAUGUCCCCAAUAGCUGUGGUAGCUCUUCUUCCUGUCACGCUAUUUAUGGAACCAGACGUGAUCAGCGUGACCUUGACCCUUGCAAAACAACAUCAGUACAUGUGGAUACUUCUUCUUGUUAACUCGGUGAUGGCUUAUUCAGCCAAUUUGUUGAAUUUCCUGGUUACCAAACACACAAGCGCCCUCACCCUCCAGGUUCUUGGAAAUGCUAAAGGAGCAGUUGCAGUGGUGAUUUCGAUCUUGAUCUUUCAAAACCCGGUUACGGUUAUGGGAAUUGGCGGGUACUCCAUAACCGUCCUUGGGGUGGUUGCUUAUGGAGAGACAAAACGCAGAUUUAGAUGAGCUUACAGACCUUUGGCAAGUAACAAACAUAGCUUCUCUAUGUUUGUUACUUCUUCUGUUCAAGACUCCUCUAUUAGGACCUGAAGUUUUUGGGGAUUUAAGAGAUGAGAAUAUCUCAUCAGUAGUGAUUUUUUGUAACUAUCAUAUAUAUACGCACUUUAUUAGUAUGUAAUAUUGCAUUGGACAAUGUUAGAUUCCAUGGUGAGAGAUUAUCACUCUUCUGUUUCCAGGAUGAGAUUCCAUUUUGGUUAAUUUAACAUAUUAAUUAAUUAUAUAGCA